UUGGCUGAGCUGUUUUCGAGUCCAUAGCAACCGUAAAGACAAACAGGGCCGAACUGGGUUUUGUUUCAGUAAUUUUCCACUGAACCGCGGUCAUUCUGUGUAACUGUAGUAGUUUUUGUAAUGGAUGAUAGAAAGCAACAGACUCUUAAACGGGUUUUUGUAAACGACGUCGACGCGUAUUCUUCAAGGCACAUCGCCGAGGUUUUAGGGAAAUGUGAAGCUGAAGAGGACUCGGACAUUGAUGGGGAAGUAGAAGAGACACCGUCUCCCCGGGGUGAACCUGCUUUCCAGGUCCUGGGAACGGUGUCCUCCUCCUCCUCCAAAGAUGGAAAACUACCGUUUCUACACCUACAGCAUGUGUCCCCGGCCAGAGAUGAGCUUUUUCAGCUGCUGCUAGGGUGUGAUGUGGUGGUGUACAACAUCACUGAAAGUUCAACACAACAGGUUGAAGAAGCAACAUGGGCAGUUACAGUCCUAAGGGAUGAAAUGCAAAACUUCAACUCCCGGAAAUGUUUCAUCCUUAUCUCCUCAGUGAUGACUUGGGCGAUGACCAAGCCUUCAGAUGACAAACCACAAGCCCCUUUCUCAGAAGAAGACUUUAUCCGAAGGAGGCCUCAUCCCAGUUUCAGGAACCACAAUAAUCUGGAAAAACUUGUACUGAAAUUGCCCAGAGGUAAAACAUCUAAGCUCAAAGGUUAUGUAGUAGCUGCAGGACUUCAGUAUGGAAUGGGAGAGAAUAUCUUUCACUACUUUUUUAAGGUUUCAUGGUUGAUGCAGGAUCCAAAGAUCCCCAUAUUUGGAAAUGGCACAAAUCACAUUCCAAUGAUUCAUGUUUGUGACCUUGGAAGAGUGAUCCGAAGCAUCAUUAAGCUGAAGCCCAAGUCAAAGUACAUCCUUGCCAUUGAUGAUGCCAAGAACACUUUAGAGGAUAUUGUAAAGACAAUAAGUGAUGUUCUCGGGCCAGAAAAGGUCGACAAGUUAACUCUGCAGGACGCCAUCACCAUGAAAGCUUUUAAGCCAGAGGAACUGGAUUGUCUUAGCAUCAACCUCCGCCUGGAUGCUUCUAUUGUCAGCGAUACGUUCAACUUUGAUUGGAUAUGUAGAGACGGGAUGGUGGAAAACAUGAAUAGGAUUGCAAAGGAGUACAAACACACCAGGCAGCUUCUUCCAGUUAAAAUCUGCCUGGUUGGCCCUCCGGCUGCAGGGAAGACGACUGUUGCCAAGAAGCUCUGCCAGCACUACAAAAUACACCACAUCAACAUCAACAGCUUGAUUGAGGAGAAAAUUACUCAGCUGAAAGAGAUGAUAAAUGGAGCUGAUCUUGAUGACAUUAGUGAACAGGCUGCAGCUGCUGCAGAGGAACAACUGGAAAUGAUUAACCAAAGCAUGGAGACGAAUCAAGGUCAGCUUGCUGAGGAUCAGUUUUUUGACAUUUUGCGAGAAAAACUGUACUCCAAGCCAUGUAGGAACCAAGGCUUUGUUCUGGAUGGCUUCCCUGAGACUUCUGAGCAAGCAAAGCUGUUUUUCUCUGAUGAGGAACCAGAGGACAAGGAUUCAGAUUUAACGUCCAAAAUACCAUGGUACAACAAAAUCAUCACCCCAGAGCAUGUGUUUGCCCUAAAUGCAUCAGAUGAUUUCCUGACAAAGCGAGUUCAAGGACUUCCAGGAAGCCUGGCUGAGAAAAUGUGCUACACCCAAGAGGAAUUUGUGCCUCGUCUGGCUCAAUACCGGCAACUUUUUAGCGCCGAGGAAACUGUGUUGGACUUCUUUGAUCACCGUGAAAUUCACCCAGAAUAUAUAGAGAUCAGCUCAGAUGAUUUAGAGUACACACUUGUUAUGAAGAAGAUAACAGAGAUUGUGGGGGUUCCUAAGAACUACGGUCCGAGUCCAGAGGAGCAGGAGGAGGAGAAUCAAAGGAGAGAAAAAGAAAGAAAGCAGAAACUGGCUGCAGAGACUGCAGAGAGGAAAAACAGGAAGCUAGCUGCGCUGGCUGAGAUGACGGAUCAUUAUGAAGAGUGGAAGAAGAACCUGUUGGUGGUGAAGCAACAGGAGUCCGAGCUGCUGGAAGCUAAAGCUCUUCCUCUCAGAAACUACUUGAUGAAGUACGUGAUGCCUUCACUGAGCGAGGCCAUGCUAGAGUGCUCCAAAAUCAAACCAGAUGACCCCGUCGACUUCCUGGCUGAACAUCUUCUACGGAACAACAAAGAGGACUGAAUAACAUUUUACAACCCUUAAACUCAUAUCUAAACUUACAUGAACAUAUUGUGAUGACCUGUUCAUGUGGAAUCAUUUUCAGACUCUCUAAAUUAAAGGUUUAAAUAAAAAGUUCAGUUUGUGGACACUUAAUCCUAUAAUAUUGCCAUUAAGUUCAUCUAAAUUUAAUAAAAGCAUAUUCAGUAAAAUGUGUAAUGUUGGACUUACAAGAAAAAAGUAACUUCAACCACCACAUUUGUGCAAAAAUUUUAAAAUCUGGAUUUGUCAGAUCAAAGCACAGGUGCCCAGCAUCUCUUUAAGAAACUCACAUCCUGCAUGAUUGGCUCUCAUUUGUGAAAUGUUGAUGCCCAGCAGAUCUAGAAAACCAACUGGAGAGAUUUGACCAAACCUUUGUGCUCAAAGGUCAAUGUUACUGAACUGAAGUUCUCCUAGCCACUCUUGCAAAUGGAAUCCAGGGACCAGGACCCACAUUUAUCUUAUCAGACAGAGCAAUCAAGAUGUUAAAGGAGGUAAAAAUCUUCCAAACUUCCCAAAGGUUGUAGCAUUUUUUUCUGUAUGUUUUGAUUUAUUUGACAUCUUUACCAUGGGUGCCAAUAAAUGUGAAAGGCACUGCAAAAACUGCACUGCAUAACCCAAAAAUAUGAACAUUUAAAGUUUUUCUUAAUGACUAAAGUACACUUUAAAACAUCUUAAAACUGUAUUGUGCACUAUGCAGAUGGAAUAAAUGACAUUUAAGUACAUUUCA